AUGUCAGCACGAUAUGAUAUGAGUUUAGAAGUGAAUGCAAAACAUUUUGUUGAAAAACUUAAAAAUUAUCAACAUUCUGUUGAUUAUUUUACUGUCACUGGUACACAUGGAACAAUUGCAACUUGUUUAAAUCCACUAAUAUUUUGUGGACAUUUUAUUGAAAAGUUUUGUAACCAAAUAUCCGAUUUAAAAAGUGCAAAAAAAAAAACUUUAAUGGCUGAUGCAAUAAUAGCACCAUUACUUUUAUAUUCUAAUAUUGAACAAUCAAUGGUAAUUGUUCACACAAUGAUGUUUGAGCAUGUAACAAUUGGAUAA